UCCCGGCUCUGCCUCGACCCCCUGUCCCCGCCCGUCGGCGGCGCAUCUCCCCUGUCCAGCUGGGCGGGGACUGCUGUACGAGUCUGUAAAGUCUGUGAGUCACUGCACAACCCAUCAAUCCAAUUAAAUAUCUCGAGCGAGCCGAGCAGGCGGUGCUGCCGCCGCCGCUGUCCCCGCUGCGGCCGCCCCUGCUCGCAGCGCCCCUCUGAUCCAUGGCUGUCUGUCUGUACUUGUUACGGUGUAACAUCCUCCUCCUCCUCCUCAGGAGCGGCUGCAACUUCCCCUCAGCCUGCCUCCUCCUCUGCUUGGGGACUGCAAAGGCAUGGGAUAGACCCAGAGCCACUUCUCUCUGUCUCCCUUCUAGCCCUCGCUCAAUUCCCCCUCCUUUAAAUUAAAGUCUGUUCCUCGCUCCUGGUCGUUUUAGAGAUUUAUUUGUCCGUCUAUUAUUUUCCUUUAUUUGAUUUCCCUCCCUGGGGCAGGGGAUCGUGGGGGCCGGUGGGUUUAUUUUAGGAAGGGGGCUUCCCCCGCCCCGUUCCUCCUCUUUUUUUCGGCCGUGACUUGAUUUCCCUGCCCGCUCCCGCCCCUCGAACUCACCGUCCUGCACCGAGUGACGCACCGACACCCCCGCCCACGGCCCAGACGUCCCCUCCCUCGCUGCCACCCCGACCCGUCUCGGAGCUGGACUCGCAGAAGGAUAUAUGUUGGGUAAAGGAGGAAAGCGGAAGUUUGAUGAGUAUGAAGAUGGGCUGGAAGGCAAAAUCGUGUCUCCCUCUGACGGUCCAUCUAAGGUGUCCUACACCUUACAGCGCCAGACUAUCUUCAACAUUUCCCUUAUGAAGCUCUAUAACCACAGGCCCCUGACCGAGCCCAGCCUGCAGAAGACCGUUUUAAUUAACAACAUGUUGAGGCGGAUCCAGGAGGAACUCAAACAGGAAGGCAGCCUGAGGCCGGGGCUGGCGCCCUCCCCGCCGCCCGCCGACCCCCUGAGCCACAGCUACCGGGAGGCGGCGCCCGCCCUGCCCUGCGACCUCGACCCCGGAAGCACUACGCCCCUGGAGGCCUGUCUCACCCCGGCCUCCCUGCUCGAGGCCGACGACCACGACACUUUUUGCACUUCGCAGGCCGUGCCGCCCGCGGCCCCUACCAAACCCUCGCCUCCAGCCCUCCCGCUGGAAAAGGACAGUUUCUCCUCCGCCUUGGACGAGAUCGAGGAGCUCUGUCCCACAUCUACCUCCACAGAGGCCGCGGCGGCAGCAGCUGACAGCUCGAAAGGGACCCCCAGUGAGCCCAGCGUCCCGAGACCCGACGGGCUCCCCGAGGGCCGCCCGGAGGACCCGAAGCUCCUGGACUCCCUGCCUGGGAAUUUUGAAAUAACAACGUCCACGGGUUUCCUGACAGACUUGACUCUGGACGACAUCCUGUUUGCUGACAUUGACACAUCGAUGUAUGACUUUGACCCCUGCACGUCCGCAUCAGGGACAGCCUCAAAAAUGGCCCCGGUGUCUGCUGACGACCUCCUCAAGACCCUGGCCCCGUACAGCAGUCAGCCCGUCACCCCGAGCCAGCCUUUCAAGAUGGACCUCACGGAGCUGGACCACAUCAUGGAGGUGCUCGUCGGGUCCUAAGACCGCGGGGCUCGCCCGGACCCGCCAGCGCACCCGCUGCCCUGACCACCCCUCCGCACUGUGCAUGCACCCUCGCUUGCCUUUUCAGAGAACAAGAAAAUUUUACAAAAGGAUCACACUAGUUUUUGCUUUGAGCAGAGUUGGAGUGCCUUCAUCCAAGUAUGACCACUUUUAAUAUGCUCUUUUGAGUGGUUCCUCUGAGACCUACUACUCUGGUAUAUAGGAAAGAAGACAUUUGAAGACAGUGUUGCUAUGUUGAAUGACAAAAACAGUUUUGAAGUGAAGCACAAGGAUUAAGUUGGAAAAGCUGUAAAUUGCAUGUGCAUAUUUGUCUAUUUUUUCUAUAAGUUUUAUUGCAAGAGGUAAAAAAGAAAAAAAUAUAUUAUUUAGAUAAUCUCAGUACCUUUUCUGGUAUCUUCGCCCCUGUAUAGGUUGACUUGCAAUUCAGCCUUUUAAGAGGCAUUAACUACUCCUCGUAAGUGUUGCAUUUACAUGGCUGUUUAGAAACUGCUGCCCAAAUUUAUUUUAUAUUUUUGUACAGAUUCUGCAGUUUAUGAUAUUGUUUUUUCUAAAAACAAAUGGUGUUUAUACAUAUGAGAUAGCUAUUUUGAUAGGAUUUGCUCACAUAGUUCCUGCAAACUUCAGAUGUACAAGUUGCACUUGUACUUUUAUAGAGUUGUAAUGUUUUAUACGUGUAUGGUGCAAAGAGAAAAUUGGCUCAAAUCAAUCUGCAGUUGAUAUCCCCAAAUGAGAAAACACACAUGCAUACACACACACCACUCUCAGAAAGGGCCAGGCGCUAUCGCACCCAAAUUUCACAAACACCGACCCCCUGGCACAAACACCUGCCAGUGCUGUGAUCCCCAAAGCCAGAGCCGCACCUGCUCAUCAAAUUUGCAUUAAGCAGUUGGUGGGAGAUGGCUGUGGAGCUCGGGGUUUAACUGAUGGUUCUCUUUAGCUCCCUUUUUUUUUGAGGGGAAGGCCACCCAAGUACUUAAGUGUGUAUUUAUGCCAAGUUUGUGCUUUUAAUUGUUUUUUAAAAUAUCAAACCCACAGCUUCCUUUUCUUGGGCAUAAUUUUCCUUAUGACCUGAAAUUUUUACAUCCGAACAAAGUUUUAUUAAAAGCAACCAACCUUUUCAUGGAACUAAAGCUCUAUUGCAAUUCUUAGGGCUCUUAAAAAAGAAACUCUCCCAGAAGGCAUCCAUCAUGUUGCUGAAUUGUCUUUUCCAACUUCCCUUCCCUAGAGCUUUUGUUCCCUCUGUUGCUAAGUGCUGGAAAUGGCACCUUCACCAUCACCACAGCAAGCUGCCAGCCCAGCUUACCUCCGCCCGGCCCGGGACACAACACACUUUUGUAACUUUUGUGGCUCUUGAACCUAGAAUUUGUCACAUUACGUCACGGCUUCCAAUCUGGUUGCUUUAACUACUUCACACUUUACAAGGCUGUUUUACCCAAAUACGCAGAUAGGACUUUCUAUGCAUGUUUCUCUCCCUGCCCACCUCCUACCCCAUCUCCCCCACCCCCCCACCCCCAACACACACACUUUUGAGAAAUAGCUUUUUAUUCCUAGUGGUGUAUAUUUAAUUUUAAAAUGUUCGCAGUGUAUCAUGCUUGUUGCCGAAAUUGCUUAUGGCCUUUUCGUUUCAGUUUUUUUCUUUCUCCCAAUGGUACUUUAGCUGUUGAGUGCAGGUUACAACCUAUAUUGUUGAAAUGCAGAUGGCUUCUUUAGGAAUAACUUUUAUAUUUAUUUAAAAUUUUUAAAUUAUGGGGUUUUGUUUUUUGUUGUUGUUGUUGUUUUUGUUGUUGGUCAUUUGUCAAUAUUCAGUCACCAGUUCUGCUCACUUCUUGCCAUGGAUUAAAUUGGGUCCUUCUGGCCAAUUAAAAAAAAAAAAAAAAAGAGACAACUUAUAAAAUGGCACUUUAAACAAGCCAUGGUUUUAUUUUUAUAAUGCACAUAGCAAAACGAAAACAUUUGUGAUGAAGGAACUGCUCAUCUAAGAUUCAUGUAUGACACAACUAAAUCUCUCUACAUUCUAAUUUGCUUUUUUCCCACUUGAGUAUGUUUUAAAGGCUAAUUAUCAACUCAGUAGAGCCAUGAGAAACUGAUCAAAUUGCACCUUGUUCUCCUACAAGCAGCCUCCCCACAGACACCUCUUUCUUACUGCUACAGAUGUGCUGUCUUCCUUCUGUACGUCCAGGGGCCAUAGAGUUGGGUGAGGGCUGUGGUAGGAGCAUCCGGUGUCACUGUGCUUGUCAGUUUUAAGAGCUUCCCUUUCUUGUCAAGAACAAGUCUGCCCCAGACACCGUGGCUCCUAUAACUGGAGGACCCAGGAAACUUGCCACGUGCUGCACACGUCUUUGUACAUAUACAAUAGUGUUUGAUUCCCAACAAUGACAUGGUAAAGCAGUUGAUUUACCAUUGUCAAAACCUGAUUUACAGUAACUUAGAACAACUGUACUUUCGUUGGAUUAGUGACUCGUGUGUUUAAACAACUCCCAUAUGUUGGGCAACAGUUCAAAUAAGCACAGAGAAGUGUUGCCUAAAAGUGGUUCUUGGACUCGCUUGUACUUGUAAGGCCGGCCUUCAGAAGCAAAACAAAAUCCCCCACAACAGCAGGCAAGUGCUUUUUAACUUUGAACAUCCUUGCCAUAAAUUCUUGAUAUUCAAAGUCAAAUGAAGAAGACAUGGGAAAUCAGUGGCCCAUUUUCAAAAAGAGCAAAACCCAACAAGUGCUCAAAUUCUCCUUGUGUCUUAUUUUACAAAGUGAUUUCCCUUCCAGGAAGAGGACGAGCCGAGUGUGGUCUCCAAGUCCCACCUGACGGUGGGAUGUGCUUCCGGAUCCCACUGGGCAGCCGCACCUUCCUGGCAUAACUGCCGUCACGUGGCCUUCAGAGUCGGACAAGCGGCGUAGGGGGCUUCAUGAGAAGGACACGCAGGCUGGGGCAGGGAGGGGACGAAUAUUGACAGUGAUGUGCAAUGAAGUGACAAGAGGAGAGCAGAAUAAGAGCUUUGAAUUUGAAGUGAUUUUUCCCCCGUAAGUUAUUUAUUCCUUUUUUUCUGUGUAAAUAUAUUUAUUUUACUGUGGCGCUCUAAUAACAUCUGGAUCAUAACAUGUGCAGAAUGUAUGGUAGGAAUGUAUUCUCUUGUAGGAAUGUAAAUCUGUAUUAAAAGGGGGUCCGAGCCAGACCCCCAGGUCUUCUCAUUGUAUGCAUAGUCCGCAUUCAUUUUUACUCUCUUCUCCAAAAUGGGUCUAUUUGAAAUAUGCAAAAGGGAUGGAUGAGGAAUGUUUUAAUACCUCCAAAUUUUUAUGAAAAUCAAGCAUCAAAGGGUUGGUAUUUUUAAAGUUUUUUUUAUUAGCACUUUCUCUUUAUGACAAAAGGGGCACCCACACUGACACCCUUGUUCGUAUCAGAGGGUGAGACAUAGCCAGAGCCUCUGCUACACCCGAGUGUCUUUUAUCAAUUGAGCUUUUUAUUGCCAUAGCCCCUUGGAGUGCCCCAGCUGCCCUGAGGUCAAUCAAGGAAAAUUUCUUAAAUAAAUAAACUCCAGAGAGCCAAAGUAUCAACUUACGGAUCGUUUUUAAACUUUAAAUUUAUUAACCACCUUUGUGGUAAACAAUGAAUUAUGGAUACAACAGGGCAGACUUCUUAAAUGACAGAUGUAAAAAAAAAAAAAUUUAAAAGACUCUUCUUUGUGCAGCGAUUGUUGUUAUUCUACUAUAUAUGAAUUUUCUUAAUUUCAAAACUUUGCUGUUGCAAUUGGACCUAUAUACAUUUUCUGAAAAUAAUGAACAGAGCAUACUUAAUCUGUUCUGGCUGUAAAUGGUUAACUUCCUGUAACUGCCUUGCCCCUGAUGGCAGAGAGGUAUGUGCGUCCUGCUUAUUAUGUACAAUUGUUUUCAGUGCUUCUAAGAAUGAGUCUAAAUAGUUCUUGAAAAUCAGCCAAGAUCAAAUGUUAUUGGCAGACAAAGCCAAUGAAAAUUUUGGACUUCUUUUGGGUAUAACAAAUUUGGAAGAGAAGUGCAAUCCAUACAUGCAAACAACUGAGAUUUUGAAACAGAUGUAAAUAGUGACAUGUUUGGUGCAUGGUUUUUGAGGAGGGCUUUUUAUCAAAAAGGAGGUGUAACCUUUCCCCCACAGACCUGAGAGCUGUGCCUUUUCUAUGCAAUAUUACAGACGUUACAUCAGAACCCAGAUGGCUGUAUUCAUGUGUAGGUUUGGGCUGUAAUCUAAACAAUUGGACAGAUUAAAUGUACAUGGAAAUGAGCAGUCUUACUUUUGUAGUUUUAUAUUAUACAAUAAACAGUCAAAAGAU